CUCCAUUGCUGACUGGCUGCACAAGGCUGACAGGACAGGUGCAACAGCGUUUCCAAGCAGCAGGAAGUAUCCGAGGAGGAAGAAACAGGCUGAAGCUGGGAUGUCGUCUGUGUACAUCAAAGGAGGAGAGUGGAGAUGACAGUACUGGCCAGUGGCGGUGAAUUAAGCGUCUUGCAGAGCAACAGAGUCUCCUGACCGUGGCCAUUACUAGCGUGUUACCAUGGAGAUGGUGGUAGCUAAGAUCCUGUGCCUGCUGGGUGUGUUUGCGCUCAUGCUCGGGGGCAUCCUGGUGCCCGUGAGGGUGAUGCGAGUGGACAGCGAGAAGGCCCAGCGGUACCGGAGAGCCGUGGCCUUUAGCAACGCCUUCGGAGGCGGAGUCUUCCUGGCCACCUGCUUCAACGCUCUGCUGCCGGCGGUCAGGGAGAAGGUGGAAGAGGUGCUGAAGGCGGUGAAGGUCAGCACGGACUACCCUCUGGCCGAGACCAUGAUGAUGCUCGGCUUCUUCCUCACCGUGUUCGUGGAGCAGGCUGUUCUGACCUUCCGGAAGGAGCGGCCGUCUUUCAUCGACCUGGAGACGUUCAACGCGGGCGGCUCAGAGGCCGGCAGCGACUCGGAGUACGACACGCCCUUCAUCGCGCCGCCCCGCGGGGGGGCAGCGGCGGGGCACGGGCACCACGGGCACUUCAGUCCGGCCGAGCUGGCCCGCGCCGGCCCUCUGCGCCUCGCCAGCCUGGUCCUGGCGCUCUCCGCCCACUCCGUGUUCGAGGGGCUCGCGCUGGGCCUUCAGGAGGACGGCGCCAAGCUGGGCAGCCUCUUCAUCGGCGUGGCCGUCCACGAGACGCUGGCAGCGGUGGCGCUCGGGGUCAGCGUGGCCAAGGCCGGGCUGCCCAUGCGGGACGCCACCAAGCUGGCGGUGACGGUGAGCCUGAUGAUCCCGGUGGGCAUCGGACUGGGCAUGGGCAUCGAGACGGCGCAGAACCUGGCGGGCAGCAUUGUGUCGGUGGUGCUGCAGGGCAUGGCGGCCGGGACCUUCCUCUUCAUCACCUUCUUCGAGAUCCUGUCGCGCGAGCUGGAGGACAAACACGACCGGCUGCUCAAGGUGCUCUUCCUCAUCCUGGGCUACGGCAUCCUGGCAGGCCUCGUCUUCAUCAAGUGGUGACACACACACACACACACACACCAGCACAUCCAAAGGAAAUACUUGUUGGUGUUACCGCAAGGCAGCUGGCCUCUUUAAAUUAACCAAGGACGGAGUGAGGCGGUCAGAGAGGAGAUUUGACCCCUAUGACCCCUAUGACCCCCCUUGCCUGCUGUGUCUGCUCCAGUAUGAAGUUCGCCUAAUGAUGUCUCAUGAAGGAAGCCAUGUCACACACUAUCCUCUUUUCGCUCUUUUCUAACAUGCUGUUUGUUUACAAAAGUCAAACACUAAAACCCUUGCAGGAGAGGGCAUAUCUGAGAAGAACUCUACAGGAGAACUCUACAGGAACCCUUGCAGGAGAGGUAAGAAAAACUCUGCAGGAACCCUUGCAGGAGAGGGCACAUCUAAGAAGAACUCUGCAGGUGUAUGGAGUACAUAACUGGCACAUAACGUGCAUUCAUGUGUGGGCCUGUAAAGAAGCAUUUAUGAGGUGGUCGAUGGUCUACUGUUGCAGAGCACUAGAACUCUAGCAUAGGGAGAAGUGUAAUAGCCAUCUUUUAGCAUACUGUGCACUGUUAUUGAUGUAUGUU